CAUGCGUGUUUCUGUAAUUUCCGGAUCCGAGAAAUCACCGGUGGGGAAAAAUAAUAAUUAUAAUGGGGAAAAGAAAGAAUAAAGAAAAAGCGAAAUGACAUGCUAUUUACAUUUGAUCAAAGAUCAGUUACAAACUAAAACAAGAUAGAUUAGGAUAAAGUGUAGAAAGUAUUUCAACAAGUUGCAAAAUUUCAAAUAAGGGAAGAUGGCAGCAAGAUCAGAGGAGGUACUGCUGAUUGUGAAUAAUGUUCGGAACAAGAAGACAGAUGGGACCCUAUACAUGAUGGGAGAGAGGCUGGGUUGGAUGCAGGGCAGCAAGAGCACCUUUUCUAUCAGCUACCUGUAUGCUGACAUUAAAGCACAAAAGAUCUCACCAGAUUCUAAAGAGAAGGUUCAACUCCAGCUGGUUUUACAUGAUGGAGGGGCCAACACAUUUCACUUCAUCAACCCCAAAGGUCGAACAAUGGCAAUCACUGACAGGGACAGUGUGAAAGACCUCCUACAACAGCUGAUUCCAAAAUUUCGACGAAAACUCAGCAGUGAACUGGAGGAGAAAAACAGGAUGCUUCAGGAAAAUCCUGAGUUGUUUCAGUUGUACAAGGAUUUGGUUGUGACAGGUGUGAUUACGGCAGAAGAAUUCUGGGCCUCACGGAAAACUCAAAGCAGCACAAAACCAGAAAAGUCACAAACUGUGGGAGUGUCAGCUGCGUUUUUGGCUGAUAUUAAACCACAGACAGAUGGAUGCAAUGGAUUGAAGUACAACCUCACUGCAGACAUCAUAGAGUCAAUAUUCCGCACGUAUCCCAUGGUGAAAAAGAAGCAUGCAGAGCAUGUUCCCCAUGACAUGACGGAAAGCGAAUUCUGGACCCGGUUCUUCCAGUCUCACUACUUCCACAGAGAUCGAACAGUCAUGGGAACAAAAGAUGUCUUCACAGAUUGUGCCAAAAGUGAUGAGAAGGACAUGAAAGAAGAGAUUUCAGACAAGCCAGUUGACCUCUUUUUGGAUCUCACAAAAAUAUCCGACUCUUCUCUACAUGAGGAUUACCGUGGACUGACAGAAGACACACGGAUUAGCAACAAUGUGACAAAUGGAACCAUGAUUCGAAGAUUUAAUCAUCACUCAACAAUGGUGCUAAAAGCUUGUACAAAAGACUCGCAGAGUGCUCAAAACUCAGGUCCGACAGACAACGCCAUACAGUCAAGUGAUACUCAAAAGAGUAGUGAUAACUCAAAGGUAAAUGGUGUAAACAUGGAUGAAAGUAGGCCGAGCACCAGCAAAGGUUACUGGGAACCAGCAGCGAAGAAACAGAAACUACAGGAAAAAAUUCAUAUGGAUGAUUUGAAGGACACGAAUAGUAAAAAGAAUGUGAAUUUACAGUUACAUAAGAUGGAGGGUUAUUUACACGGUCCGACGCCUGUAACAAUGUCUCGUUAUACCACAAGUGAAGACCUUUUACAUGCCUCAGAAUCAGUGAUGAAUGACGUCCACCAUUGGUCACAUGAUCUUUCAAAUGUCCUUUUGGGGUCACAAGCAAUCGUAAUUCUCAGUGAACUGUCGCCAGGAGGGGCAUUAUUGAAAGGCACAAGUCAUUCACAGCUUAAUCAGAUAGUACCACUAGACGUCCAGGAGGAGGUGAAGGCUUGUUACAGUGCUCUGCUGGAAUUACUGCGACAUUUCUGGACCUGUUUUCCAGUGUCAUCUAAAUCGCUUGAAGAAAAGGUUAUAAGAAUGAAAUCCACGCUGGAGAGGUUUCAGAUGGCCAAACUUAUGCCACUGAAGGAGAGGCUCCAGGACUACCACUAUACUAUAAAUAUGACUAGUCAUAUGGAGGAACUUCUGUUGGCAGCAAGCAGAAAGUUUGAUAUGUGGCAGUCCAGAAAGUCGGCCAUCAAAAGGUGAAAAAAUCAACGAUAAGCAAAGGUGAAAAAAUCAACGAUGUGCAAAGGUGAAAGGUCUACAUGCUGUUGACUGACUCAGUGAGGACAAUCAAGGCUGUGUCUGUGAUUAUGCUGUGAUCCCUGAAUAAGUGAACUGGAGAAGAGUUUCUGGUUAUUUUUUUUCCUUUCAUUCUAGAGGUCCACAUUCACAUGUAACACGCAAUAAAUUGAUAAUUUUCAGGUG